GGGCCGGGGCCGGGGCCGGGGCCGCUCCUAACCGCCUCUGCGGGGAGAAGGUAGCUCAGGGGGAUGCCCGAGCAAGUGCUCACCAACUUCUCUGGGGGAAGCAUCACCUGAGGAGUAACUCCUGCUCACCCCUGACGAGCUCUGCCUGCCACGGGGCAGUGUCAGUGAGGGGUGCAGGCAGAUGCUGCUGGCUUCGCAGUUAGGACUUCCUUGCUUCCAGCCUGCUUCUCGAGUCAACUGUAAGCACCAAGAGCUGCUCAGCACCAAGAGCUGCUCAGCAGCAGUCACAUUCCCUUACCCACUGCUUCUCUGCCAGCUGACCCCAAAAGGCAUUUCCAGCGCCUUGCCUGGGGCUGAGGCAGGACUGUUGGGGUGCCAUCAUCACCAACACCACAGAUGAACAUCUGCAAGAAGCCUCCCAACAAGAUAGCUGCAGAGACUCUGGGCCGGGCUGCGGCGGAGCGGCAGGGCCAGCGCGCCCGGAGGAAUGGCUGGAGCUGGCCCCUGCACCUCUUCCAGGUCACUGCCUGGCUGCUCUACCUCUUCUAUGCCCUGGUGGGCUUUGGCAUCCUGGUGCCCCUCCUGCCCCACCACUGGCUGCUGGCUGGCUAUGUUUGCCCAGGGGUUUGCUUUCUCUACCAUUUAAUUGUCCAUCUCAGUGCAGUCUCCAUUGACCCUGCAGAUGCAAACGUGAGAGACAAGAACUACCUGGGGCCUGUGGCCACCUUCACUCGUGGCCAGCAUGCACACAUCAUCGAGAACCAUCACUGCCACGUCUGUGACGUGGAUGUGAGUGCCAAGUCCAAGCACUGUGGAACCUGCAACAAAUGCGUCUGUGGCUUCGAUCACCACUGCAAGUGGCUCAACAACUGCGUGGGAGAGAGGAACUACUGGCACUUCCUGAACUCUGUGCUCUCAGCUCUCCUGGGCCUUGGGCUCCUGCUGCUGGUUGCUUGCUACAUCUUCGUGGAGUUCUUCCUGGACCCUGGGCUGCUUCGCUCCGACCAGCACUUUGAUGCGCUGAGGAACCGCACGGACUGCUGGUUCCUGUUCCUGCCUGCAGCUCCCCUGCAGACCCGGGCCUGGGCCCUUCUGCUCACUGCUGGCAUCUUCAUCCUGCUCAGCCUGCUGACAGUCAUCCUGCUGGGCCAUCUCCUGGCCUUCCACAUCUAUCUCAUGUGGAACAAGCUGAGCACCUACGAGUACGUCCUGCAGCAGCGCCUGCAGCAGGUGAAGGAGUCCGAGCUGCAGCUGGAGCCCUCCCAGCUGCCCCCCACUCAGGAAGCAGGCUUGGUGCUGGCCCAGCCUGGCAGUGCUGACCCUGGCAGCCCAGCAGAGGAGUUCUCAGCAGCAAGACAAGGCUCUUCAGAGCCCUGCGCCUGCCGCCACCAGGCUGACCCCGGCAAGAGCUCUCCUGACCUCCCUUCUCCACACUCCCUGCUCCCUGCCCAGGUCACUUCACAGCCACAGAAGAAAGGAAGAAAGAGGACACAGAAGGCUCCUUCCUCAGCAGUGGGCAGCAGAGCUGGGACCCCGCCCAGGCCUUGGGCCUCACCCCCAGACCCUCAGCCAGCCUUCCCAGCCACGGCUGCUGCCACCUCAGCUGCCAACAACCUUCAUCUCCGUGUGCCAGCUUUUGCUCUGAGACCUGCUGGGCCUCCCAGCAGCAUCAGCCUGCUGCAGGCAGCAGAGCCUGCAGCUGAGCAUCCCUGGGUGCCCACUGAAUCCAUGGAUGAGCUUCCUGUGCCUCAGACUGGCCUUGGGAGCGUGACCCUUCCUGAGCCUCCUACAGACAGCUCCAGCGCCCCCCAGCACUCUGCCGGGCACACGGAGAAGCCCAGAGGCGGCAGGAAGAGGAAGCUGUCAGCUGGCCACAAGGCCAAGAGGAAGAGCUGCCAGCAGGACAAGCAGGUGGCAGAUCUGCACCUCCUGCCCAAGCUCCCUGCCGUGUUUGUGAGCAGGAGCAGUGGGGAGCCUGGGGGCCCUCAGGCGCAGGCAGGGACCGCAGCAGCGAGCGGCACGGGGGCAGAGAGGCUCCCUGCAUGAGGGACAGGAGUGCAGCUUCUCCUCCUGGCAGGGCUCCAGCAGCAGCCUCCCUGCGGCUGGUGCUGCCCAGCCCGGCGGCGGCGGACGGCUCCCUGCAGCGCUGCCGCUGCUGCCCCUCCCGCAGCCAGCAGGACCUGGCAGCCCAGUCCCACGCUCCUCACCAGGAGGGAACGGUCUGCCGGGACAAGCCUGCCCUCGCUGCGGUGCCAGCCCUCCGGAGAGGGCUGAGGAGCUCCUCCCUGCACCGUGUGGUUGCCACCAGCCUGCAGCUGAGGCUUUUCUGCACUGACCACAGGCUUUGCCUCGCUGCAGGCUGGGGGCAACCUUGAGGGCAGGAGGAAGGGAGAGCUGGAAGAGCUUUCCAGAAGGAAAGGGCUGUCCCCUGCUGCCACGGGAAGAGCAAUGCUGCAGCUCUGCUGUUCCCUGGAAACCAACUCCCCCCACCCCCCCCCCCUUCCUGCCCCCCCGGCAGCCUUUGGGCCAUGCACAGGGGCUUCAGGUCAGGAGUAACCUCAGGUCUGCCCUCUCCCUAAGACCACUUUCCACUGUGCACCCUCAAGCCAAGCCCAGCACCAGCAGCAUGGUUUGACCAUCCAGUGCCAACUCCCUGCCAUGGGCAGGGGCAUCUCCCACCAGCCCAGCCUGGCCUGGAACACCUCCAGGGAGGUUGUGUGCUCCAUAACCUCCCUGGGCAACCUGUGCCAGCCUCUGCCCACCCUCACUGACAACAAUUUUGUCCUCCACUAUCAGUCUCCUCGCUGCCAGCUCAAAGCCAUUGUCCCUCAUCCUGGCACAGCAGCUCAGGGCAGCCCCCAGCAGCUUAGGGCAGCCCCCAGCAGCUCAGGGCAGCCCCCAGCAGCUCAGGGUAGCCCCUGACAGCUCAGGGCAGCCCCCAGCAGCUCAGGGCAGUCCUCAGCAGCUCAGGGCAGCCCCCAGCAGCUCAGGGUAGCCCCUGACAGCUCAGGGCAGCCCCCAGCAGCUCAGGGCAGCCCCCAGCAUCUCAGGGCAGCCCCCAGCAUCUCAGGGCAGCCCCUAGCAGCUCAGGGCAGUCCUCAGCAGCUCAGGGCAGCCCCCAGCAGCUCAGAGCAGUCCUCAGCAGCUUAAGGCAGCCCCUGACAGCUCAGGGCAGCCCCCAGCAGCUCAGAGCAGCCCCCGACAGCUCAGGGCAGCCCCUGACAGCUCAGGGCAGGCCCCAGCAGCUCAGAGUGUUGCCCAGAAAUGGCUGAGAGCAGGACAGGAGGUCUGGAGUGAGCUGUUCCUUGGGUAGUGCCAAGCCAGGCCGGGCAGGCAGGGCUCCCAGCUACGAUGCCCAGCCCAGCUGGUGCCCCUCAUGCUGCCUUCUGUGCCGCUCUCAGCUCCACCCAGAGUCCACCCAGAGCUUGAGGCUGAAUUUUCUCCCAGAGAGCUGCCUUCAGCAGAGGGGCAGGAGGGUGUCUGGAGCUGGGUUGGCCAUCAGGAGGAAGCUCCCCACAGUGAGGCUGCUGGAACACUGGCACAGGCUGCCCAGGGAGGUGGUGCUGGCCUCAGCCCUGGAGACAUUCAAGGCGAGGCUUGAGGUGGCCCUGAGCAGCCUGCUCUGGUUGGGAUGUCCCUGCUGGCUGCAGGGGGUUGGACUGGGUGAGCUUUGGAGGUUGCUUCCCACCCAAACCAUUCCAUGGUUCUGUGCUGGAAGCCUCCCAGCCCCUGGGCAGCUCCUCGGGCAGCAGCCAGUGCUGGCAGCUGGCCCACAGCACGCAGUGGGCAUGCCAAGGAGUGCUGCUCUCCGUGGAGCGGGCACAGGGCCCCUGGCAGGAACAGGAGCUCAGAGCUGAAGCUGGAGCUGGGAAGGCCUCCCUUGGCUGAGGGGCUUUGGGGGCAAGUGUGGCUCAUGGCCAGCACCAUCCAGGCCCAGCACCCCCUGGGACAGUCCUGGGGAGGGGCUGGCAAGACAGCAUCGACCCAAGGCUGUUGUGGGAGCCUCUCCCGGUGCUCUGCUGGCUGAGCUUUGCCUCCUGCCUGGGCAGCCUUCAUGGACCUGUGUGAGACAAAGGGAAGGCUUCUGUGGCUGCCGGGGGCAGGUGGCAGGAGGGGCUGGCCUGGGGUCCUGCUCCUCAGCGCUGCCCUGGCUGCUGUGCCCAGCGGUGCCCUCUGCGUGGCACCCAGCCCGAGCAGCAGCAGACUGCAGAGCCCAGGUGGCUCCUUCCAGUUGUGUCUCCUCACACCUGCUGCCACCCGAGGGAACUCCAGCCUGCAGGAACGCUGGGCCGGGGGUUCCCGAGGCUUGGCAGUGCCUCCGCACGGCAGCCAGAGGGGAUGCAGACCUCAGCUCUUGGCUGGCCAGUCGCAGAGUGGUGUCUGGAGCUGUUCAGCAGCUCUGGCCCUGGUAAACUUUUCUAUGCCCGUG